CUGUCAGAUGCAGAGCUGGAAGGGGCGUCCGUGGAGGCGUUCACGCGCGCGGAGCGCCGCGUGGCAAGUUGUCCGGCGUCGCGCGGCAAGGGCGCCGGCGGCGAUCCAGGCGCGCCUGGAUCUGGCAUGCAUCCGGGCAUGGCAAGUGCCGCGCCGAUUCUGGUCAGCCAGACGGCUGACCAUAAGGGCUUCAAGAGCUUGAAAUCGAAGUAG